AUGAAGAAUUCAUUGAAAGAACAUGAUGGAUGGUUGCCUUUUGAUAUUCUCUUCAAAUUUAAACGUCUUGCUCAAUUAACGACCGAUGCUGAAGUUGUUAAGAAGGCACUGGCUUCCUCCGCAUUCCUUGAAGUUUCAGAUAAAGGAGUUAGACGCGAUCCUUCCAAUCCAGCUCCAUCCACUUUGGAAGAGGCUAUGCAGAAGAACAUUGAUCGUGCCCUCUAUGUCAAGGGGUUUCCAUUGGAUAUGACCCUUGAUAAUGUAAUCAACUACCUUGAAAAGAACUGUGGCGAGACUAUAGACGUGUUUCUAAAAAGGGGACUUAAUAGAAAGUUCAAGGGAAGCAUUUACGUAACCUUCAAAGAAAAGGAAGCUGCAGACAAAUUUAUGACCUCGUCCGAUUUUGCUAAGUAUAGUGAUAAACCCCUUCUGCGUAAAUACUACAAAGAUUAUAGAGCCGAUAAGCAGCGAAUUAUUCAGACUAAGAUAGCAGAAAAGGAAAAGAAAAAAAGUAACCUACGGAAGCGAAUAACUGAGGGUGCACUACUUGAAUUGUCUGGUCUUCCUCCUCUUGUCGCUCAAUCAGAAGCGAUAGUUGAAGCUGAAGAGGGGAAUAACGAGAAUCUGGGUGAAAAUAAUGAAAACGAUAUCAAGGGUACUGAUUUGGAUCUGGGUGUGACUUCUCCUAUGACUAGACGAACUGUUACCAAUCUCAAACACUGGAUUAACGAAAAGAUGAAUUCAAAAGUGCAAAUUGGAUGGGUCGACAUUCUUCCAACUGAAUGCAAGGCUAUUAUCCGCUUCAAAGAGGCUCGUACAGCCUCUAAAGUCCUUGAAGAACUAAAGAAACAGGGGGAGAUUGUUUAUGAAGGUCAUACAUUAACUGGGCGUUGUAUAGAAGGUGAAGAAGAGCUAAACAUUUGGAAGACUGUUCUAGAGAAGAUGGAAUCCAAGAAAAGGAAGGCUAGUCGACCGCAUGCAUCUCGAAAUUCAGGAAGGCGAUCUAAGAGAUCGACAGGGGUUGGUUUAGGAGAUGAUAAGGAAUCUGUAGCGGGUUCAAUCGCAUCUAAUGCUUCCACAUCACGACGUUCGCGUGCAAAUCGAAGUCAGGCGACCACAAGUUCACCUAAACCUACGGCAGUACAGAGAGGGGCUAAACGCCAAAAUUCUCUAGGGGAUGAAAUUAAAGAAAUUUAUAGUGAAAUUAAGCAGAAAUAUACCCUUGAAAAGUGGGGUCGUGUUGCUUCAAUCUAUCGGAAAAAUGACUCCGUGAUUAACAAGCAAUUGAAACGAGCUGCAGAGGCUUGUGAAAGGCGUAAGAAUUCGAUUGUUGCCGCUCCGGUUGAAAUCCCUCAAUUGUGUAAUCAACUCGGACACUUCGAGGCUAAAAUUAAUGGACAUUACGCUCAUGUUGGGGUCAACAUUAUCCCAGUGGUCGAACCAAUCCCCUCAAUGUCUAAUUGGGCACCCCUACAAAAAAAUUUCUCUGUGGAAGAUGAAUGUGUCUUAAAUAAUCUUCCAUAUAUUGGAGACCAAGCCAAUGACGAUCCUUUCCUUGAGGAAUUGGUUAAAGAUUACUACGACGGUGUGCAUGGAAGCUUUCCCUUUGAUUUUGAGGAGCGUUUCACUGUAAACUUGGUUGAUACUGUGUACUGUAAAUGGGAUUCCCUCCCUAAUACCGACGUCUUCGAGAAAAUGAAAGUUCCCCGCUUAUCAGAUGGUGAAGAGGAAUUAAAUGUUUCUAAAACAUUUGCUGGUAGGGAUGAGACCCAAUUAAGAAGUCCUAGAAGAAGCGCCUCCUUACCGCAGUCGCCUGAUUUGCGUAUUCCUCAUGCAAUUUUCUCUGCCAUUGCCGAUACCUUUGGGUCGACUGAUAAUGUGGCAGAGCUCAAAAGUAAAUACUACACUUUGCUGGCCUCGCAAAACUCCUCUGAUCAAGAACACCCUCCUUCAUUUCCUAAUUUGGAUGAACCAGAGGAAGUGAACAACUUCUACAAAGUAAACCAAAAGAAACCCACCCGUUUUCACGCCCUGCAUACAUUUCGUCUACUCUUUUGCCGUCGAUGCUACAAAUACGACUGCACAACACAUCCCUUUCAAACCACCGAGACGAUGUGGUGUCAUCGUAUGCCGCACGACAAAUUGGAUAAAGCCAGUCUUCCUCUUUGUGGACCUGAAUGUCUUCGAUCUAUUGACGGAGAGGUGUCUUUUACUGAAGCCGAAAUCGAUAGGGAGUUUCCAACUUGGGAGAUUGUUGAUCGAACUCUCUUUGAAGUUCUUGCCCCGCUGUAUGUUCCUCAGGGAUCAGGAAUAACUAAUUACAAAUGGUGCUGUGUCCUGUCGGAUUUUUUAAAAACCCGUACCUGCAAGCAGGUCCUUUUAUACACUGAGCACAUAAGACGUACUAAUCCCUCGCUUCUGCAUGGGCCCGAUGGUGGCCAAUCGAGGUUGGUGGAUGAGAAGAAUAGGGAUUUGAAUUGGACCUCCCGAAUUUCUAAACUUGCUGCUAAUACUACAACUAAUAAAUCUGGAGAGAUUUUUAUAGAUCUCGUGAGUUCCUCAGAUUCUGGACGCCCCAAGAGUGAUAAUAGCCAGAGAAAAAAUGUCAAAAAAGAAACGGAUCCUAAUGACAAGAGAUCUAAUCCGUUUGCACCCUGUGAUCACCCCGGUGUUCCCUGUAAUCAAGACUGCCCCUGUAAGCAAGCCGGUACUCGGUGUGAGAAGUUCUGCCAGUGUGUGCAUGAUUGCUCUAAUCGAUUCCGAGGAUGUCAGUGCCGUGGGCAGUGUGUUAAAAGUUGCCCGUGUGUAAUAUCCAAUCGUGAAUGUGAUCCCGACAUCUGCAAGUGCUUCAAGGAACAAAAGUCGGCUAAACACGAUGUGAAUGCUGCUGUGGAAAGUGAUGGAGGUGGUAGUGGUAGUAGCACCCAUAAUGGACACUGUCGUAAUGUCUCUCUGCAACGGGGACUGCGCAAACAUCUCCUAUUGGCACCUUCGGACGUCGCAGGAUGGGGUAUAUUCCUGAAAGAGAGUGUGGUGAAGGACGAUUUCAUCUAUGAGUACUGUGGUGAGGUUGUGAGUCAAAAUGAGGCCGAGCGAAGAGGGCGAAUCUACGAUAAGAUUGUCUGCAGUUUUCUCUUCGAUCUCACCCUGCAGACCUGUGUGGAUGCCAUGCGAAAGGGCAAUAAAAUCCGCUUCGCCAAUCACUCAGUCCAUCCGAAUUGUUACGCGAAGAUACUAAUGGUGAAUGGGGAUCAUCGUAUAGGCAUCUUUGCAAAACAGGACAUCAAGGCCGGUGAAGAACUCUUUUUUGACUACAGCUAUGGUCCUUCCUAUCAGAAUCAAUAUGUCGCCAUGGAGAGAGAUGAGAAGAUGACACUGGCAACACAAGAGGCUGCCAAAGCAUUGGUUGACGGUGGUGUGUCGUUUGAUGAAUCUAUGCUUUGA